CUUAUGAAGGCAGAACCCAUCGCGUUAGCUUCAUUCAGACUUGAAGAGGAAACCCUAAGCUUUCAGGAUUAUCUCUCUCAAACUUCUUCUGCUUAUCCUUCAUCCUCGUCGUCAUUCUUCCUUUCUUUGUUCUUCGACUGUCAGUGAAGAAGAGAUGGUGCCUUCGUUGCAGUCGAUCUUUUCGACGCCAUCUUCGGCGAUAGGGCGAGUGGAGAAGGCGACGAGCCGACUCCUGCUAAGUCCGGAUUGGAUGAUGAACAUGGAUAUCUGCAGCUCCAUUAAUGCGGAUCCAUGGAAGGCAAAAUCCUUUGUUAAGGCUGUGAGGAUGAGGCUACAAAAUAAGAACUCAAAGGUUCAAUUUCUUGCUUUAACGCUUUUGGAAACAAUGAUAAAGAACUGUGAUGAUUUUGUGCAUUUUCAAGUUGUUGACCGUGGAAUCUUGUCAGAGAUGGUUAAGAUUGUUAGAAAAUCAAAAAAUAUGGAAGUAAGAGAAAAAAUUUUGAUACUUCUGGAAUCUUGGCAAGAAACAUUUCGUGGACCGAAUGGAAGGUAUCCACAAUUCUACAACACAUAUGUUGAACUUAAGAGAUCUGGAGUCCAAUUCCCAGAGCAAUCCAAAAAUACAGAUAUGAUCCUUACUCUUACUGAUCCAAUGACUACUCAACCUCAAAAAAACUACAAAAUUUCUACCAACAGUAUUGGAAGACUUCAUCAAGUUAGAUCUGAAACAGGUCAUUUCAGUUUAUCGGAUUUGAACAAUAUCCAAAGUGUUAUGGAUUUAUUCAACAAUAUAUUGGAGGUUAUGAACCCAAAUGAUGAUAAGGCCAUCAAGGAUGAAGUUAUCACAGAUCUUGUUAAAAAGUGUGAGAUCAAUCAGAAGAAGCUUGUGCAGCUUAUUAAUUCAACCAAGAAUGAUAGGCUGUUGGUUGAAGCUCUCAGAUUGAAUGACAGUUUACAAACCCUUCUUUCAAAGCACCAUUCUCUAGUUUCCAGAUCAUCUUCUCCACCAGAAACAGCUCCCACUCCACCAUUGCUGAGUCUUCCUCCUCCCACUCCACCAUUUCUGAGUCUUCCUCUUCCCACUCCACCAACAAGUAAUCAAUUAGACAACGAAAAAGAAGAAGAAGAUGGCUUUUUUGCUUUAGUUAAAAGGAAUUCCAUCUCCAAAUCAGCUGGUGUUCAAGAGGUUUCACACAGAAGUAAUGAACUAAAUACUAUAAAUUCUGCAGAAGAUCUUACAUCUGUAGCAGACAAUGCACUUGUCCUAUUUGAUUCACCAGCCCCGGUUAGUACUUCCAAUAAAGAGGAAAACAUGAUUGACCUCCUUAGUCUCACUUUAUCACCAAACCAAGCUUCUCAAAGACCUCCAUUGCCGCCGCCUUCAUUGACCCAGAGUCAAAAUCCAUUCUCUUAUUCUCUUGGUUGGGAACACUUUCUUAGCUAUCCCCAACCCCUCAUGUCAAACGAAAGCUAUACUGUCUACAAUGAUUAUGUGGCACCAUGGGCUCGACCUACUGCUGUGCAAUCACCAGAGAUAUAUAAUCUAUCUCCUCAUCUUCCUUCCUCUUGGAAUGCUUCUGAAGGAAGUUCUAAUCCUUUUCUAUAAACAACAUUCAGUUUCUCAUUAGUUCAGCUCAGUUAUAUCCAAAAAAGUUAAGUUAAGAUUGUUUUGAAACAGAUAGAGACUUCAUAUGUUCCAGGAACACAAAUGUCUGACAAAAUUUAAGAACUUGAUGGAAAUGAGAAAUCUAGAAGGAAUUGUUCGAGGUUGGGGAUAGUGAUAGAAUUAUGCUGCUGCUGCCUGCAUGUGUGAAUAUUAUAUGUAUAGGGUUCUUACUUUUGAUUCAUGAUAUUUUGUUUUGGUAUGAAUUUUUGGCAUUUUAAUUUGCAAAAACAUUUGUAAAUGAAUUGCUUGCAUUCGGCGUUUCUUUGUUUUCGUUUCACUUCUUUGUUGUAUAUAACUUCAUUAUGUGAACAUACAAUAA